AUGUUACGAUCUUUCACUUACUUCCUUCACUUGGUUGUGGCAUACAUCAUCAGAGUUCCAAGCAUAAUCUGGGAAAAUGUGGUUGCUAUUUUAGAAUAUGUUCGAAAUGCUAACUCGGAGAUCUUCCUCGCACUCACCAGACUUGCCUUUAAGUGCCUAACAUCGAUUUCUUCCCUUGCUUCGAAUUGCUACAUUGUUACAUAUUACCAAAUCAAUUUGAUCUCGAACUCUGUCGACAGUUUAACAAACAGUUGGAAUGGUAUUUUACUGGUAUGCUUCUUGUUUGGGGUACUGGUGCUGGUGUUACUCCUCAGAGCUACAGCUUUUAUAAGCAACUUGUUAGGAGGUAACGUACUUGCUGUUGAAUGGUAGGCCGAGGCUAAAAUAUAUAACUGACUGCCAACUGUGGGAACUGACAUACCGAUCAGUUGACGUGACUGACUAACUGACUGACCAAUUACCUACGAAAAAAUCGGUACCGCCGAGUGACUGACAGGCUGAUUGACAGGAUGAAUGACCGCCUGAUCCAUGAUGGCAACCUACUCACUGGCUGACUUAGUAUUUAAUAAAUGAACUUAUCAACUGACUAACUGACUGGCUGACGGAGACGAGGUACCUCAGUUGUUGGCGCGCUAAUUCCCUGUUUAAUUUCUCGAUUGACAUGUUGGUCUUUUAAAUUAUGCAGUGCUCUAUUUUCUCCACUUUUCCUCUGCAGCUGGUUGCAAGUCCACGCCUUACUGUUGGCAGUUCAAAGAGAAAGAUUCUUAUUCGUGGAGAAGUUUUGGCUCUUCCGACAAUGUGGCUUUGGAAGAGCUUUAUUGUGACGUGGAUAAUCUAGAAGUUAAAGUGAACCUUAAAGAUACUGCAUCAAGGUAAGACAAAAGAGGAAAGAGUCAAUGCCUAAAUAUCGCAGUAAGGAGGCACUGUUUCGUUGAGUUGUGAGAUAUUUCGUUUUUGCAUUGCGAAGACUGUGUACCGUGUUUAUUAGCAUGCUAAGGUGAUGAGAGGUAAACAGCAGUAUUGAACGGCUUUGCACUAUUAGGUUUGGCCCAUGAAUUUCCUUACAUGAUUGGGUGUGAUUGUCCAAUUUGAUUGUCCAAUUUGAUUGUCCGGUGAAUCGCAGUUCUGAUUAAGAACUUCGUGUAGAUUACUAAAGCAAAAGUCAUCGAGAGAACUAAGUGGGCCCUUGACUCUCAGUAAUACCUUCCUUCAGCCUAUCGAAAUGUUAGUCUGUAGAAAGGACAAAAAUCCUUUCAAGACCACUUUCGUCGGGACGUUAAGAAUGCACUAUCAGUCAUUACUCUUGGGUUCAAACCACUUACCUAAAAACAAAUUUCAUCAAAGUAACGGUAAGAUUUUAUGCUAAAGCUGAUUGCACGAAAUCAUUUCAACACCGUUUCACCAGAGGCCCGACAUGAUUAUUCCUCAUUAAGUUAUCAUCACCCCAAUGUAUCGUCUUGGAAGGCAUUAUGAUUUUACUUCUACUCUGUAGUGUUUUUGUGACACCAUCAUCGCAGAUGUCAGUUAAUUUCGAGGAGAUGUCCAUGCACUCACCCCUCUCUACCCGGUUAUUGCUCCGUCGAUGCUCGACACCAUCUUACAUACAGGAGCCGAACAACAAGUCAUCCACAUUGUGGGUUUGGUAUUGGAAAGACAACGAUGGUUGGAAGAAAUACACUGAAACGAAAGUAAGCAAUAGAGGAGGAAACUAGUAAUGCUUUUCAUUCGUGAGGGCCAGCAAGGUUUUCAAUACAAAUAUCUGUAACUAGAAGCUUCUGUAAGUUUCUGUUUCUGUGGUGUGUUCAAGGGCCUGUGCUUCACACAAAAAGUGCGGUGAAUGGCUUCUUGUUUAAGUGUGUGAGCGUAAUCGAUAACUCAAUGCAUAAUAGGGUUUGGUGAAUGCGACACUAUUGGCGUGAGUGAAGGUGUUUUUGGAAGAAUAUUAGGCCAAAAACGCUUUGCUUUUCACUUUUUUUAGCAGUCUUCUGGGAUUAAGCAAGAGAAGAUAGAGGCUGCCUAUUUGAAUAAAGAUCGUAUUUAUUCCUUUCGAAACGGUUCUCACAAUUACAUCGUCAAAUUCUACGAAACACCUAUGUACCAAAUGAAUACGGACCCACAGUUCCCUACCAAGCGACAAGUUAGAAGGAGACCAUUGUUUGUUUCAAAAUCAGCACCUGAGAACACAAACAGGUAAGUUACCGCAUAUUGUGAUAUGGUUAUUGCUACUGACUGAUAUGCAAUCCGAAAGAAAUAUAAGGGACCUGGCCUGCUCGAUUGACAUAAAGCAACCCCUGUAUUGUUGUCGUCUCAAUUGUUAUUCGAUGGGAAGGAGUCGGGGCGUUCAUCAUGUGAAGUCUUAUCAUGUGCUCGUUAUCAUCUGGGAGGGAGCGUGUGUACUUGUUUCAAUAUAUAUUUGAUUUGGAUUUUGUUAUAACUAUCAUCACUAGUUCUUAAAAAGCUGGGUUUUUGUUAAGAGCCAGCACGUAUUUCCUUGUAACUGGAGCAUGUGAUUAUCGAUGUUCCUCUAUCUAACACAUCUCAUUUUUAAAUCGUUUUAGGUAUCAUACGCCGGGCAAGGCUAAGGAUUUUGAACGAAGGCGUCUGAGAAAGCACUGCAAAGAAUACCGAACUGUAAGUCAACGUUUUCACGAAACAUUGCCGGAACUCAGGGCCUCCAUAUUGAUGGUGGAAGAAAUUCGGAAUGACGAGUUACGCGAGAGAUACGAAAGGUGAGACUUAACCCACUAUCUUGUUAGUAGAUUUUUACAGAACUUAGUAGGAACAGCCACCCAAGCACGAAGUGCUGAGGCUUUAUUCGAAAUAAUCUUGUUUUUUCUUCUAGUUUGACUAUGCCUGAGUCACAGUCGGUCAUUAUUUUCACAUCGCUUCGCCACCAAACGCUUGACAACUACACUCUUUUACUGAUUAACCUUUUCUUUGUCCUUUUCCCAUUAGUAAGCGCGAACGAAUUCAAAGGAAACUAACACUUACAGGGUACGAUGAGAUCGAAAAGUUGCUUUUGCAUGGUACAACACCAGAUGUUGUUGAUGCAAUCUGCAAACAUAACUUUGACCACAGAUUGCGAGGGAAGAACGGGACACAGUAUGGAGAAGGAAGCUACUUUGCUGUGGAUGCCUCCUACAGUAAUAACUACAGUAGUGAUGAUGGCGAGAAGACGAGAUACAUGUUUCUGGCAAGUGUGUUAACAGGGAAAUCAAAGCUUGGACGUAGAAACUUUCGUCGACCGCCUCUAAAAGAUCCAAGCAAUCCUACCAGCGAUUUGUAUGAUUCUUGUGUUGACGACGAAAAUCAACCAAAGAUCUUUGUAAUUUUUAAUGACGAACAGUGCUAUCCUUCUUAUUUGAUUAAAUAUCACUUGAAAUAGGUUUAUGUUUCGAGGCCAUAUGCAUCACAAUGGUAAACAUUCAGGAACAAGCACUUUCAAUAACCCUAUCAGUUGCAGGGAGAUCACGAAAUGAAACCCCAUUAAGAAAAGAGAAAAUAGAUUUUAAAAAAAGAUAAAAGGACAAACGGAAUUUACUACAGAGUGCUAUAGCUUGAUAAGCCGUAAAAUAGCGUGAAAGAAUAAGCUGUCAUUCUGUUAAAUGGACAAAAUUAAAAAAGUUAAUCAAACAUCAGAAGUCAGAGUUUAUGAAGAUUUAAGUACAUGUGUGCUUUAAUUUAUAGAGUAACGCAAAUAAUUAGCGAAUAAUUUGCAUGCUACUUAAGUUUCAAUUCCUUCUGUUAAACCUUAAAACGUUUUCAAAUUUCCAUGGGUUUACCGGAGCAAGGAACGAUAGGUUUUUUACCAGUCAUGGUGCUCGUAUAAUAUUUUUUAAAUUGAAAUAGUUGUUUUGGAAUUGAAAAUUCCAUGGAGACGAGGGCGAGAAUCCGCCACCAUUGCAGAAAGCAUUGAACACUCUCUUUACCAAGAAAUUUUCCGUUACGUUUUGAAAGUGAACGUAUUCAUGAAAAGGAAUGCAAGAAUUCCAAGAAAGUGGCAAUAUUUUCCCAACAGGAGUGGGGUGGGGAAAAUGUCUUUCACUAAUAUCAUUCGAAUUUUUGCUUCCAAUAAUUACUGACACGGCUUAGAAUAACUAUGUUUAUGCAUUUGAAUACCAUAACAGUAGUUUUGCGUUAUGAAAUUAUUGAAGAUUGUGUUCGAUGAAUCUACAUAAACUUGGUUGGCUAUGCUUGAUCAACUUUGGAAAUUGUUUUACUCAAGAAUCAUUAUUUUGAUUUGCCUCUUUGUCUCACACCGUGUCUCAAACCGUGC